UGCAGAUGUCGCACGUCAGUGCAUUCUCACGAAUCCUGCAAGGUGCACUGUCGUGGUUUCUUCGCACCUCUCGCACCUUUCUACGGCAGUGCGAGCGAGUUUUAUAUUUUUUUCAAGUCAACUCUAAUAAGAACAACGCUUUCCAGAAGAAGCGAAGCUUUUUGGAAAAGCUCGUUUCUGAUUUCUCAGGUGCCCUUCGUUACGUCAAGAAGAGCGGCUCCAAACUUUUGGGAGAAUCUCUCGUCUCGGAAAUGAAACUUCCGAACAAAUUGGCCAUUGCUGGCGGAAUUUUAUUCUCCAUCGGAGUCAUGUUCGGUUGGGUGAUCUUUCCGAUGGUCCUGAAAUCGAAGAUUAACGGAGCCAUAGCCCUGAAAAAAGGCUCCGAGAUCCGAGAACUGUGGUCCAAAUUUCCUCUGCCUAUAGACUUUAAAAUAUACAUAUUUAACGUAACUAAUCCCGAGGGUAUUCAGAAGGGAGAGAAGCCUAUCGUGAAAGAGAUAGGACCAUACUUCUACGACGAGUACAAGGAGAAGGUGGACCUAGAAGACAGAGAUUCGGAUGACACUGUUGAGUACAAACAGCGAGUCACAUGGAUCUUCAACCCAUCGAAGAGUAAUGGGCUUACCGGGAACGAAGAAUUAAUUUUCCCCCAUUUAUUAAUGUUGGGCAUCGUCAUGGGCACCCUUCAACAACAACCCGCCAUGAUGGGUAUCGUAGGGAAAGCCCUGGAUAGCAUCUUCAAGAAGCCGGACUCAAUUUUCAUCAAAGUCAAGGUGAAGGAUGUCCUUUUCGAUGGUCUGCCCAUCGACUGCACCGUCAAGGACUUCUCCGGAAGUGCUCUCUGUUCGAAGUUAAAGGAACAAGGAAAGGACCUCGUGGUGGAGGGCGAAAACCGCUACCGGUUCUCCAUGUUUGGCCACAAAAACGGAACGAUAGGAGAGGAUCGGCUGCGAGUGGUCCGUGGGACAAAGAAUGCAAAGGACGUGGGCAAGGUGGUGGAGUUUAAUGGUCAACCAUCAUUGACAACUUGGCCCGAAGAGCACUGCAACGCCUACAACGGAACCGAUUCCACGAUUUUCCAUCCAUUCCUCUACAAAGACGAAGACGUGGUCUCGUUUGCUCCGGAUCUCUGCCGAAGUCUCAGCGCCAGAUUCGACAGUCCCUCGGCAUACAAAGGGAUUCGUACCAAUCGUUACACAGCUGACCUGGGCGACAUGAGCACUCACCCCGAAGAGAAGUGUUUCUGCCCCACGGAAGACACAUGUCUGAAAAAAGGUCUCUAUGAUCUCACAAAGUGCGUCGGGGCUCCGAUAGUUGCAUCUCUUCCGCAUCUUUACCUUGCAGACGAGUCGUACCUGGAAACGGUGGAGGGGCUGAAGCCCACGCAGGAAGAUCACCAGAUAUUUCUGGAUUUCGAGCCAAUGACCGGGACCCCUGUGAGCGCCCGGAAGAGACUACAGUUCAACAUGUUCAUCCAACCUGUCCAAAAGUUCAAGUUGAUGAAGACCUUCCCCGAGGCCAUCCUCCCCCUCUUCUGGGUGGAAGAGGGUUUGGCAUUGAACGAUGACUUCGUGGGGAAACUGAAAGCUGCCUUUAAGAUGAUCAAGAUAGUCGGGUACAUCAAGUGGAUGUUGGUAAUUACCGGUACCGGUCUCGGCAUAGCUACUGGCAUAUUGCACUUUAAAGAUCGUCACUCGAAAAGCUCUCUUGACAUAAGCAAAGUCUCGCCGACUGCCGGAAACAAAAUGGCGAAUGGCCAGGAAAAGCCUUGGCCAUUAAAUGUCAAUACUCUGCAGUCUGCCCCGGUCCCUGCAACACUUGACGGCAGUUAAAAGACAGGUUAAAGAACAGAAUUUCGCGUAAGCUUAGUAAUAUAUUUAAAUUGGAAGAUGAUGAGAACCCGAGAAGGGCCAACGAGCGAGCUUAGAGAUUUUAUUGAUAUACUACAUUAUUAAAAAGGUCAUUUUAACCGCCACUUGCUGUAAAUAUCUCAAGGAAUUAAUUGUAGCAGCAGAGUGUUAAAAAAAGAUUAAUUUUCCCUGGUUUCUCACAUCUUUCAAUCAUCGUGUCAAAAUCCAAGACAUGUGGCUUAGUUAUUUUAUUAUUUCACGUAUACUAUUUACAAACGUGAGAAUCGCGAGAAUAAGCGAAGUAGUAAAUACACAGAGAUUCACACAGAAGAUUCCUCACCGAUCUCGGAAAUUAACUUUUAUAACAAAUUUUUAAUAAGAGUGACUUACUCUAAUAGUAGGACUUUUAAAUUAAAAGUAUCUAUUUACAUUUCUAGUGGAAUUUUAUGUACAAAUCUGACCAGUACGUAUAUCCGCGUGUAAUAUAAACUAUUUCCUAGGAUUUAUUUAGUCGACGGUGAAACGACAUUUCUUGUAAUAUAACCUUUCUUCGUUUUCUUGGGAAUUAUUAAUAUACCAGAAGUCGAAAGGAA